AUGUCAUCCCAGCAGGUGCAGCGAUGUAUCAGAGAUGUGCUAGGAAUCAAUGAUGAUGAUCCAGUAGAUUGGACGGAAAGCCAUAUGAAGAAAUUGGCUUCUGCUACGAGUGUCUUAUAUAAUUCUUCCAUGGCCAAAGUUAUGCUGAAGAAAGCAGAGGAAACAGCAAGAUGUCAUUUGUGUGCAUACAUGGCAGCGCAGAGGCUGCAAAAGAAGCACGACCCUGAUUUACAGUACUAUUUGGACCGGAUUCCGUUGGAACCAACCAAGUCUCGAAAACUAGUUGAGCUGUUUGAGCAGAAUUUAUUGCAAACCUCACCUAUGAAGAAUUUCACCUGGACGCCAAGUCCUAAGAAGAGAAAAAUGCAGUCACCUAUCAAAGGUAAUGUAAGAUUCACCUCAUUAAAUCCCAGCGAGUUGAGGCAGCAGCUCUUUGAUACCCCUACCAGAGAAAAAAAUGAACGUCCAAUACCGGAGCCACCUGUCGAAAUUUCUCCAGAGAAGACAAGUCCAUCGAAGGCCAGAAGAAAGCUGGCUUUUGAAGAGGAGUUCACUGAAGAGGAAGUUCUACCUUCAACACCUAUGGAGGGAAUUGCUAUAAAUGAGAGGAUUUCAGAACUCAGCAUGCAAGAUGAAGAAUACCUCUCGAAUGAUAGUCCAAGCAAGCGAAAAAAGUCAGCACAGAGUUCGGAGCAAACUUUAAAAAGGCGAAAGGAUGGCAAAGGUCGUCAAGAAAUCAGCCUGCUCCAUAAAAAGUACUACAAAGUCACCCCAGUAGAAGUGAUAAAUACCUGUAACAGUUUCGAGCUACCCAAGGAUGUUGCAUAUAAUAUCUUGGACCAAUACAUGAAUUACGCCUCAAAUCUGGUUUAUCCGUGGCAAUUGGUAUGUGGGUUAGUCCUCAACGCUACAUUUGUUGUAUUUACCAAAAGAAGAAGGAAGGAUCCUCGGGUCGAUCACUUAAUUCUCUCCAAGAUGUGCGGCCUCAUGAAGUGUUCACAGUUAGGAGAUAUUGUUGAGAGUAUAAACCUUGUGAAAGAAUUGAUUGAAGGUGAAAAAUGGUAUCGUGAUCUGCAAAUCAAACAUGACCAUUAUAACGGAGCAUCCUACAGCGAAGCAAUAUCCGCCAAAUUGGGCUCAAUGCUGCAGCCGAACAACAUUUUGGUGUCUGACGAGCAGUUCAAUAACUGGCGAAGAAACAUUGAACAAGAUUUGAGUCUGAGAAACAUUUCAUGA